AUGCCUCGGCCCGGCCGCAACACGUACAGCGACCAGAAGCCACCCUACUCUUACAUCUCGCUGACCGCCAUGGCCAUCCAGAGCUCGCCCGAGAAGAUGCUGCCGCUGAGCGAGAUCUACAAGUUCAUCAUGGACCGCUUCCCCUACUACCGGGAGAACACACAACGCUGGCAGAACAGCCUGCGCCACAACCUCUCCUUCAACGACUGCUUCAUCAAAAUCCCGCGGCGGCCCGACCAACCGGGCAAGGGCAGCUUCUGGGCGCUGCACCCCAGCUGCGGGGACAUGUUCGAGAACGGCAGCUUCCUGCGGCGCCGCAAACGCUUCAAGGUGCUCAAGUCCGACCACCUGGCGCCCAGCAAGCCCGCCGACGCGGCGCAGUACCUGCAGCAGCAGGCCAAGCUGCGGCUCAGCGCGCUUGCCGCCUCGGGCACGCACCUGCCGCAGAUGCCCACCGCCGCCUACAACCUGGGCGGCGUGGCGCAGCCCUCAGGCUUCAAGCACCCCUUCGCCAUCGAGAACAUCAUCGCGCGGGAAUACAAGAUGCCUGGGGGGCUGGCCUUCUCUGCCAUGCAGCCCGUGCCCGCUGCCUACCCGCUCCCCAACCAGUUGACUAGCAUGGGCAGCUCGCUGGGCACCGGCUGGCCACACGUGUACGGCUCCGCUGGCAUGAUCGACUCGGCCACCCCUAUUUCCAUGACGAGUGGCGACUACAGCGCCUACGGAGUGCCGCUGAAGCCGCUGUGCCAUGCGGCGGGCCAGACGCUGCCCGCCAUCCCUGUGCCCAUCAAGCCCACGCCGGCCGCCGUGCCCGCGCUGCCCGCGCUGCCCGCGCCCAUCCCCACCUUGCUCUCGAACUCACCGCCCUCGCUCAGCCCCACGUCCUCGCAAACAGCCACCAGCCAAAGCAGCCCCGCCACCCCAAGCGAGACGCUCACCAGCCCGGCCUCCGCCUUGCACUCGGUGGCAGUGCACUGA